AUGCCUAUUCCAGAGACAUACAAAGCCUUCAGGCGCACCACCGGCGACCUGCCGAGGACCAUCGUCCCCUCAACUGAACCCAUGGUGCAAGAGCUUGCGCCGCACGAUGUCCUCCUCAAGAUCCACGCCGUCUCCCUCAACUUCCGUGAUGUCGGCAUGCUGAACGGGCGCUACCCGGUGGAUGUGAUUGAGCGUGGCAUUCCGUGCUCCGACGCAGCUGCUGAGGUUGCGGCUAUCGGAAGCGCGGUGAAGGAUUUCGCCAUCGGAGACCAUGUUUCGGUCAAUUUCGAUCUCGGCCAUCUUGUUGCAGGGGAUGACGAACCGAUGCAGGCACUUGGGGGUGAUGUUGAUGGCGUUCUGAGGGAGUAUGCGGUUUUUGAGGAUAAGGAGCUUGUGCAAUUGCCCAAGCACUUGUCGUGGGAAGAGGCAUCCACUAUCGCGUGUGCCGGUGUCACGGCUUGGACUGCUCUCGACAACUUGAAAGCGCCGAAUCCUAGAAGUGCCUUGUUGCAAGGCACGGGAGGCGUCAGUCUGUUUGCUUUGCUGAUAUGCCUUGCCGCGGGCAUCAAACCAAUCAUCACGUCCUCCUCUGACAGAAAGCUUGAGGAAAUCCGAAAGCUCGGCUCUGAUGUCGGUACCAUUAACUACAAGACCGUCUCUGACCAAGUCUCGGAAGUGAAGCGCCUCACCGACGGCAAGGGCGUCGACUUUGUCAUUAACAACACUGGACCGGCGUCUCUUCCGGAAGAUAUCAGUUUCUUGCGUUCACGUGGUGGUGUCGUCUCUCUUGUUGGCUUUUUGGCCGGUUUCAAUGGCGACUGGCAGCCAAGUGCAAUCAUGGCGUUGAUGUCGAAGUUUGCGAAGUUGAAGGGUAUUGGUGUCGGCUCCAAGCAGGAUUUUGUGGAGCUGAAUCAGUUUCUGGCUGAGAAAAAGGUAUCCCUUGCCCCGCUCGUUGACCGAGUCUUUACGUUUGAUGAAUCCCCGGCCGCGUUCGACUAUUUGUACUCUGGCAGCCAUGUGGGCAAGGUCAUUAUCAAGGUGCAGGACUAGACAUGACCUCCUUAGCACAUUGCUAGGUGGAGGUCUUGCGGGAAGACGAAUUUGUAGGCAACUGGUGGCAUGAUGUUCAUUUUGAAGGAUGUGGGCAAUUGUAAUAUGAUCCAACUGAUUCUGCAUGGGAUGGAUAUAUGAGGGUGGCUUUGGCACGCGAACGGAAUUAGGGAACAAUGUUUGUCUGGUUUUUGCAUCGAAGUGUCUUCACAUGUUCUGGGCCUUGUAGUACAUCCUCUCAGAAAUCAACAGUUUUUAAAUACAAAUAGAACGUCUCCCGCUAGUUUCCAUUAGCAUGGGAAUCUCCAACCUUGCUCAAGGUCUCCAAAC